ACUACUACCUAAGUACCUACUCCCCUUCGGCGAGUUCAGACUUGAGAUAUGUGUGAGAGAUAUAUAUUUAUUUUUUACAGUGAGACUGUGAUAUUACUUGCUCUGUGGUGAGAUUUACAGGUUUAAUGUUAUGAAAAGAAACAAAGUACAGACGAGAAAACAAAUUGUAAACGAGAACAUUUCUUAAGUAAAUAUUUAACUCAAAAAUGGAUAUACCCUUUCCAGCAUUAUUUCCGCGAAUGGUUGACUCUAAAUGGUUUAAUGCUGAUAAUCCUUGCGAUGAGGACACGGAAUUGCUUGUUCUCGAGGAAGCUAGUCACCACUGGUUGACCACUGUCGGUCAGCAGUUUACAAAAAGGGCGCCUCUUGGUAAAAGUGAACAAGAGCAAAUGGAAGAGGAAGCCGAUUCUGAUGAAGAAGAAGGAAAUGAUGAAUCAGAUGAGUCAGAAGAAUCUCAUGAUGAAGACGAGGAGUUAAGAACUUCAUAUUCAUCAGCUCGUAACAACAAUGAUUUAGAACAGGAUUCACUUGAUGAUAUGCGUGACCCACCAGACAAUAAUUCCUCAGAUCAGAGUGCAUUGUGGUCUUUGUCUAUGUAGAAUCUUAAUAGUAAUAAAAAAAUGUAUUUUUGGUAAAAAA